AUGGCCCUCCAGCCAGACAAGGACUACCCAGUAGAGAUUAUUGGUUACGCCGAGCCAUGGAUUGCUGCACCGGAACCCGAGUACACAUACCGCACCGUCCGGUUAAUCCAGGGCAUCGACCUGGAGCAUUCUCCGAAGAAGGUUGAAGAAGAAGUCACUGCCAUCCCCCGCGGCAAGCAGCCCGGCCGGUUCCAGUCCGCACAUCCAGGAUCGUAUGGCCGCGUGACGAGCUGGUGUCCGCCGGGGUCCGCCGGCGGUGUGCAAGUGUCCUUUUACGUGCAGCCGUGGCUGUUGGCGUGUCCCCACGACCAGACAUUGGUGUCAGCACUCGACGAGCAGACAAAGACAGGCUUCAGCAUAACUCUGGGCACAAAAGGAUCCCUGGACUUCCGUGUCGGAAAUGGAGACAAUAUUGAGACCGUGGCCACUGGUCUGCAGCCCGCGCUCAACGUGUGGGCAAAGGUCAAGCUCGUCAUCCAGGGCAGCCAUGUAAAGCUGGACCUGGCUCCGACUGCAUUCCGUGCCGAGGCCGUUCCAGCGGCGACGUCGUCCACGUCUGCCCUGUCAGCCGACGCCCGUCCAUUCACGACGGGACCUCUUCUUGUAGCGGCUGCGCAGGGAGACGGAAAGCGGGCUGCCGACUUCUUCAACGGCCGGAUCGACAGUCUCUCCAUCAAAGCUCUCGAGAGCGCCACGCCCCGCUCCCUUGCCCAGUACGACUUUUCCCUUGACAUGCAGAGCAACUCCAUGGUCGACACCUCGGGCCACGGCCGCCACGGCACAUUGAUCAACGCCCCCACACGUGCCCUCCCGGGCUACAACUGGGACGGCUCCGAGAACGACUGGACCAAGGCCAAGUACGGCUACGGCGCCAUCCACUUCCACGACGACGAUAUGGACGAUGCCGACUGGGCCACCGACUUCACCGUCACCAUUCCCGAGACGGCGCGGUCGGGCGCGUAUGCCGUGGAGGUGGCGACGGAGUCCAGCAGAGGCAAAGACUCCGACUCCAUCGUCUUCUUCGUCCGCCCCAACCAGUGGUCCGCGCCCGAGACCAACAAGGACAAGGUCUGCCUCGUCUUCUCCACCAUGACCUACCUGGCCUACGCCAACGAGCGCCUGUACGACAAAACGCGCGUCAACACCGCCGACCUCGGCCCCGGCUUCGAUAUUGACAAGACGGUCAAGAGCGGCGAGUUUUACAAGAUGCGCCGCCGCACCGACAUGGGCCUGUCGACCUACGACCGCCACAACGACAGUUCCGGGGUCUGCUUCUCGACGGCCAAGCGGCCCAUCCUCAACAUGCGCCCGGGCUACGUCAUGUGGGCCUUUUCGCGACCCCGCGAGUUCUCCGCCGACCUGUUCAUGGUCGGCCUCCUCGAGCAGCAGGGCAUCCCCUACGAGAUCCUGACCGACCACGACCUGCACGCGCGCGGCGCGUCGGCCCUGCACGGCUUCGCGGCCGUGAUGACGGGCUGCCACCCCGAGUACCCCACCCUCCAGUCGUUUGGCGCCUACAACGCCUACGCCCGGGCCGGCGGCUGUCUCAUGUACAUGGGCGGCAACGGCUUCUACUGGGUCGGCGCCGUCAACAACCACCACGCGCCCCACCGCCUCGAGAUCCGCCGCGGCGACGUCGGCGUCCGCCCCUAUUCGCUGCACGGCGGCGAGCACGUCACCUGCAUGGCCGGCCAGCGCGGCGGCCUGUGGCGGUCGCGGGGUCUGAGCUGCAACACGCUGUUCGGCGUUGGGUUCUGUGCCCAGGGCACGGGGCUGGGUGUGCCGUUUCGGCGCACCGAGGCGUCCAGAGAGCCCCAGUUCCAGUGGAUCUUUGACGGCGUCACCGACGAGGCGGCCGACGGGCCGGACGGACCAACGGGCGCGGGCCUCUUUGGCGUGGCUGGCUUCGGCGGCGGUGCGUCCGGCGACGAGAUUGACCGUUUCGACACGGCAAACGGCAGUCCGGCCGCCGCCGUCGUCUUGGCCUCCAGCACCGGCCACAGCGACGAGUUUGGCAUCGCCAUUGAGGACUUGAGCUACCCGGCCCUCAACACCCUCGGCACCCAGACCGACCGCAUCCGCAGCGACGUUGUCUACUACAAGACCACCGGCGGCGGCGCCGUCUUUAGUGUUGGCAGCAUCAACUGGUACUGCUCGCUGGCCUGGGACGCAUAUGACAACAAUGUGGCACGGCUGACUCUGAACGUUGUCCGGGGGUUCUUGUCCGGCAGACACAAGGGGUAG